AUGGCAGUCUUCUGGACAUGUGGAAAGGGAGGGAAACUGCAAAGCUGGACUAGCACUCAUUCAGGACUGGUUAACUACCUUCAGCAGUACCAGCCAGAACUCACCAUCAUUAAGCUGGACAUGAUUAAUGAGCUGCCCCUGGCAGGUUGGGAGGCUGGUGGUCAAUCUUUGCCUCUGGAUGUGGCUCUUCCCUCAGUCCCCAGUAAUGUUGAUGUCUGGCUUGCCAUUGAACAAGGUCAACAUUCUGUUCCCACAGUAAUGUCCUCUAAUUCAGCAGUCUUUUUGCUGGCUGUUGGUGUGCAUUUCAAAAGUCUGGUGAGAAAGCAGGAAAAACAUGCACAGCAUCAGAAGUGUAUACAGCAGUGGUUGAAAGUUGCACAGAUAGAGAUCUUCUAUUACAAUCAGUACAGAACUGCCAUGAAGGCAUAUUAG